UUAAAUUCUUUAACGUUGACGUCAUUUUAACGUUUUGUGAUUACCAAUUAUGCUUUCUGUGAUUAAAGAUGUAAUACUUUUAUUGUUAUUAUUAUAAAAUAUACCAUGUAUACAAGACCCGUCUGCUAUCUAUAUAAUAAUUAAUUGUUCACCUUCAGUCAAUAAUCAUAUACUUAUACAUUUUUCCAAAACGUUUUUUUUUUUUAAUUUUGAAGAAGAAAAAAUUCAACAAUGUCAUUAGAACCAGAAGAACAUUUUAAAACCCCUGAAUGGGUUUCCAAGUUGGAAAACAAGCAAAAGAAGUUUAAAAUUAUGGCUUCGGUGCAGAUUGCAGAUCCAAGAAGCAUCAUAAACUGGCACACGAAAUUGGAUCUGGUUCAAACUGUUUAAAUUGCCUAGACAAAUGCCCCGGUUUGGAUCUACAUUUUUGGCGUAAAGUAUGUAGAAACUGUAAAUGUAAAAAAGAAGAACACAAUAUAACAGAAGAAGAUCAAUACGAACAAUUUGAUAUUUUGUUUAACGAUUCCAAAUCAAAUUAUCAACCAGUCAAAGCUACGUUAAAUAUGAUAAUUAAACCGGACGAUCAAAUGGUAAAAGUCGAAGAAACCGAUAGAAAUCAAAAUACAUUCAAGUUUGACUGGGUGCCUCCAAAUAUAAAUAAAGAUCUAGCUUCCGAGUACAUGCAGUUAUUACCGUCAAACAAGUUGCCGAUAAGCGGCAGUGAAGGCGCUUUGUAUAGACGUCAACAGCUCGAAAGACAAGUGCCUUUACACGACUUUAACGCAAAUGUUUGCCAUGAACUAACGGCUGAAGAGGAAAACGCAAUGUCUUUUUAUUUGGAAGACUUAAAGAAAAAUGCUCUUGGACAAGGUUUAAUAAAAAAAUUAGCGGACAAUACUAAUCCACUGCCACUUUUUAAAAAUCUAAACUUGGCGCCUAAACCUUUUAAGAAAAAUCAACUCUCCGAAGACGAAGAAUUUCCACCCCCUCCGCCAGAACUCUUGUACCCUUGCACUACGGAUUUAAAGACUCCACACACGUUCAUUCAAAAUAAAAACUAUUCUAAAGGAGAUAAUAUGUCAGAUUUAACUGAGGCUUGUAAUCCUUUAGACAAUGUGAAUAAUAAUACAACUGAAACGGGUUCAACAGUUUUACCGGCAAAGCAGUCUCUAAACACUCUGACGCCAUAUUCACCGCAGCAGCUUGUAUCUCAUCACGCUCAGAACGAUAAUUUUAAACCUGCUCCCUAUGAUGGAAAUAGCUCUAUAGAUAUAUUGAAAAACAAAAAAGAAUUCAUGCCAUCACACAACGACAUGUAUAUUGUGCCCGAAGGUAGGCAAUUAUUUUGCAAACAGUGUAACGAUAAUGUUUAUCCUGGACAAGUGGCCGUAUUAGCAGAAAGGACAGGAAAAGACGUACUUUGGCACCCGUCGUGUUUCGUUUGUACUACUUGCAAGGAGCUGUUAGUUGAUCUCGUUUAUUUCUUCCACCAAGACAAUGUGUACUGUGGCAGACACUAUGCCGAGACACUUAACAUACCACGUUGUCUCGCCUGUGACGAGUUAAUAUUUCUGAAAGAAUAUACAAUAGCAGAAAACCAUACGUUCCAUGUCAGACAUUUUUGUUGUUUCGAAUGUGAUAAACCGUUGGCCGGUUUAGAGUAUGUGCAAAUCGAAAACCAACCGGUCUGUCUAGACUGUUACCAAUUCAAAUAUGGAAAAAAAUGCGAGACGUGCCGUAAAAAUAUUGUAGCUGGUGACAGUAGGAUCGGCUGGAAAGAUUUGAGUUGGCACGAGUCCCCGGCGUGCUUCAAAUGCUACCAGUGUUAUACGUCGCUGUUGGGUAAAAAGUUUAUGGUGAAAGACGAAAAGCGUCCUUUGUGUAGCCGAGAAUGCGUGAUUGCUUACAAUAACUCCACUGAAAUUUAACACUCCAAUUAUUGUAUAAUUAUUUAACUAUAUAUUACUAACCUCUUAGUUGAUACUUUAUUUUUAUGUAAUAUUUUAGUCGUAGUUACCUUUACUGUUAUCAGUAUAUCAACUAAAAAAAAAAAUAGUCCAUAACUUAAUCGUACUACUUGUUAGACUGCGUAAUAAGAAAAACUACUAAAUUAUAUAAUAUUAUAUUUUUGAUAUGCCAUCUUGCUGUUAUAUUUUGUACAUUGUUAACUGCCGUGCUAAGAAGAAAUGUCCUAACAUAUACAGAUAACAUAUAUAUGUAGAUAGGACAUUUCUAAUAAGCACGGCAGUGUACUGCUCAUUAGAAGACGUUAUUUUAUUUGUACUAAUGCCGAGCAGUUGUAUAAAUGGCAUACUCUGCAACUCAAUAUCCCGUGCAUAUUUUUAAAUUUAGUUUACUAUAAAAUGCUAAUCUAGAUUUCAGUCGAUUUUUGUUUUUUAAAUAUUUAUCUCGCACAUACUUAUAGUUUGUUUUUUUGUUAAAAAAAAAAUACAAGUCAUAUUGCGCUUUUAUUAAAAUAAAAAUAUUUGAACAACAAAAAUUGAACCUUGUGAAAUCUAGUUUUGUAGUCUGUAAGCAAAUUUUAAAAAUAUUAACUGGAUCCGGUUUCCCUAUACGUUCGGCAUUAUAUGCAUAAAAAUUGCGUCAUAAUAAUAAACUAUUUAUAAUAGUUAUUAUUAUUUUUAAAUUAUAUAAGAUUGAAAACUAUUUAUUAGAAAUGGAUUAUAAUAAUAAAUUUAUGAGCACAGCCAUUUUUUUUUUUUACC